UCCCUAACCCCAUUAAAUUAAACCUCAUCUUUAUCACACCAACAAAAAAAAAAAAAAACAAUAGCUGCAGUUAUGGCAGCAACAAUGGCUGGUGUGAGUCUUUCAAGCCCUAGAGUAAUUUUCAAGGGACCAGAGUCUCUUCAAAAGUCUCAGGCCAUCAGGUCCGGACCGGUGUUCAUGCUCAACCAAAGAUGGACCGGUGCAGUCAGUUCCGGUAGGAUGGUAAGCAUUCGACCAGUGCAAGCAUCACCGGACAUAACCGGGAAGGUGGAAGAGAGCAUAAAGAGUGCGGAAGAGGCGUGUGCAGGAGACGCCACUAGCGGUGAAUGUGUGGCGGCGUGGGAUGAGGUGGAGGAAUUGAGUGCAGCGGCAAGCCAUGCAAGGGAUAAGAAAAAGACGUCGGACCCUCUCGAGGAAUACUGCAAGGACAAUCCGGAGACUGAUGAGUGUCGCACAUAUGAUAACUGAAUGAUACUAUCAAAUCAAAUCUCCCUUUUUAUUAUCAUUUCUGUUGUGUAUUAAUUAAUUUUCAUUUAAGCAUGAUUGAAUAAUCCAUAUAUACCAUCUUUACAAGUAAAAAAAAAAAAACUAGUUAUAAUUCUAGCUCAUCCUAUUACUUUUGUUUAUAAUAUAGCUGUUUUUAUCUAUAUAAAAUUUGUAGAUAUGGCUA